UAUUGAAACUUAUCUAGACAACUUGUAGUGACAUCUAUUAUCACGGCCAGCAAAAUGUGAUCAGUUUGCCGUGUUAAGCCGCGUGUUCGGCAGACGUCGAAAACACUGUUAUCACUAGAGGGCGAAAGACAGGGCGGGCGGAGCUCUACAUGCGCGCGCAGCGUUACAUAACGCCAGUGGAGCCUUAAGGAGCGCGCGCAGCGGCGGGUGCGGGGCGCGGGGCGAUCGAUGCGCACCCGGGGGGAGUCAGUCGAGCGGCGAGCGAGCGACAUGGCGGCGCGCCCACCCCGCGCGGCGGCCCCGCGGCCCGGGCCGCGCGAGUAGGUCGCCAUGCGCGAUGCGGUAUGAGGCAGCGCCGCGCCCGGCGGGCCGGCCCCCGCUAGCGGCGCCGCCCCCGCCAUGCGAGCGCCGCCGCUGCUGCUGCUGCUGCUGAUGGCGGCCGCGGGCCUGGCCGUGAGUCCGCUCGCGCGCCUCAACCCCUGGCUGAGCGCGUGUGAUCUGGAGGAGGAGGGCGCGAGCGGCGUGCCCGAGUGCGGUGGCACGGCGUGCGGCAGCGGCGGCGGCGCGGCGAAGGUGCUGCAGGCGCGCGACGUGCCGCUCCUGUGCGAGCUGGCAGCAGGUGAACGCGCGCGCCGCCUCGCCGACUUGCGGCUGCGCGCCUGCUGCGAGCGCUCGCCCGCUUCCGCGUUGGACCGGGGCGCCCGCGCUGAGGUCCUCGCCGGCGGUGACCGCUGCGAGAGCACGCUGCACGACCUCCUCCGGCUCGACACAAUGGUCGCGCACGUGCACUGCGAAUUCGUCAACAUCCUUCAUCGCUACGACUGCGAGCAGGCUUAUUCCGUACACACAUGUCAAGACUGCCAGGAGACGUAUCGUCGGUGGGCGUGCAGCACUAUAGUGCCGCUGUGGGUGGAAGAAGGCGGUGAGGAGGGCGGCGAAGAGGGCGGGCGGUCACGGCGGGCGCCGGCCGAGCACGCGGCGCGCUGGCGCGCGCGGCACCUGGAGCGCGUGGGCCACCUGGACCGACGGCGCGGCGGCGGCGUGGUGGGCCGCUGGGUGCGCGCCGCCGCCGCCGGGCCCGGCCGGCCGCUGGCUCGCCUCAAGCCCUGCCUGUCCGUCUGCCAGCUCGUUGAGCAACACUGCCCCUACUUCCUGCCCGCAGACCGCGCGCCAGCGUACCCCACACAAUACGCCGGCGAACCUACCUUUCUAUGCCUAGAUCCCCGAAUACCAGAAACGGGCGCACAGAAGAAUAAGUCCAACUACGGAUGGGACGAGUGCUGCUACUGGUACUGCGAGCAGCGGUUGUGCUACCGCUGCGAGUCGCGGCUGAGCGAGGCGGCGCGGCCCGAGGCCGAGCACUGCGCGCCGGUGGAGGAGCGCCUGUCGACCUGCUCCGUGCCGUACGCAGCGCCGUCCGCCGCGCCGCCUCGCGCGCCGCGUCCGCCUCUGCUCGCCGUCGCGCUCGUGCUGCCGCUCGCCACGCACUUACGGACCCACUGGACAGCCUACAAGCAUCUAGUGAAUGUGCGCGAUUCGAGGUUAUAGUUUUACGUUCAUGUGCGUCGCACCCCCGCGUCUCGCGAUCGUAUGUUUGCGAUCAGAACUUCUACUAGUACUGUAUUAUGAUAAUAAAUUACUGCGCGGUUACGAGUUCAAUGAUGGUCGCGCCUGGCGGGGCGGGGCCGUCGCCGCGCCUCGCGAGUGCGAUGCUCGUACUUACUCUAAGUGAAUAUUUGUGUCCGAAUGCUCGAUACACUCAAAAGUCAAAAAAUAGAAACACCAAAUGUACUCCACUUAUGCAUUUUAUCUCGUAAGCCGAAGUUCCGGCCAGUAUGUUAAUAUUUCAGGCACAAACGAUAUUUUGCUUGAAGUGAAGAUGUUAUAUUUUAAAUAGAGUUUUACAGCAACAUCGUUAAUAGGCACUUUAUACUUUUUAGUUAUUUUUGCUAAACUAGUUUACAUAGAGACAGUAUUUUUAAAAGUUGAAAAAAAAAACGAAAUUUAUCUACGUCAUUUACGAUUUACCGUCAAUGACUCAGUUGAUUUACAACACCAACCUUAUUUUAUAAAUGUUUUAAUUAAUUACAUAUACAUAUUAGGAACAUAUCUGCUACGUGAUUGUAAGCAGAUCCUUACUACUGGGUAACGCGGCUUCACCUACAAUCUGAUGAUACUUCUGCUGGUUUAGAAAUAACUACUGGCCGUAGUUGGUUCCGCGUUGUUCAGUAUGUUUCAUACUCAGAAAAGGAUUUAUUUAUACUUUUUUAUAGGUUGUAAGUAAGCACUAAUACACGGAUGGCACUGUACGUAAAGAACUGAAGAAAAUUAUUUUGCUCAUUGGAACAAUAGAUAGUUGACAGAAGAAUUGGUAUUUUUUUGUGUCAGAAUUUGUUUUGAUAGAUUUGCGAGCCUUCAUUGAAGUAGGUAGUAACGAGUAGGACUCGGAGGCGCGCCGCCGCCGCCGCCGCGAAAGCUGCGCGCCGCCCCGGCUCUGCCGACGCCUAAGUGCUGGUCUAUGAAAAAUAUUGAUUAAACUAAUCUAGGGAUAAUUAAAAGUAGUUGUUGUUUUGUAAGAAGUAAAAAUACGACUAAUAAUACAUAUAAUGCAAGUUGUAUGUAAUAAUAUAUCCGUCUUAUGAACUAUCAUCAUUCAAAUAUUGCCAGAUGUAUCAUGGUUGAUAAUGAUUUUUAUAAUGAAUUGAUUUUUAAUAUAUAUUAUUGUAUAUGUAUAUUAUGUCAAACAUAUGAUAUGGUGUAAAACAAACUUCAUCAGGGAUAUAGUCGUUCGCGUAUGAAGAUCUGAUAACAAUGUUUGUUACUUUUUCUUAUUUUUGAAAAAUAUUAAAAAUAUAGAGGUGUCGUUGAACAUAAUGUGAUCGAUAACAAAAUAUAAAUAAUGGUUAUGAAGACUUUAUUGAAUGGAUAUUUGUUGAAAAUAUUGUCCUCAGGCGGGGAUGUAGUUGUUGUAUUCAAAUGAUAAAUGAUAAUAAUAUUAAGUAAGUUAUUUUUUACGUUUUUUAUCGUGUACAUAUGUCAAAAAAGUUCGUUGUUCCCAAUUCCGUACUUAAUCAAAGUCACUACAAAGGUGCUAAAGGUCUAUUAAUGCUUCUUAGGUGUUUAAUUUGUUACCAACUCCG